GAGCAAGAAUUUACUUUCGUUUUCAGCGCAGCGGAUCAUUCAGUCUCAACAGGCUUGGACUUUGCUGUCUAAGACUGUUUGUCAUCUCCUCUCUUCUACUGCGUUUUUCUUAGUAGUGGCUAUAUCGGGUCAAGGUAGCAGUAACUGCCAAUAAGUAAAAGUAGAAGUUUUUGGACUAAAGGACUAAAGGAAAGGUGCUCAAGACAACAAACUAACCGACACUGCAAACGAAAAUGGGAAGUGAACAGAGCAUCCUCGAGAAGAAGGGCUACAAAAUUGAAAGAGAAACAGAGCAUGGCGUUGUAGUCACAAAGACUGAUGACACAUUUCUGAUCAGAGAGAUCAGUUUGGCACAGGUGGCUGCGGAAACUAAGGCAGAUUUACUGAACGAGAUAGAAAUCCUCAAGACAACAAACCAUCCACAUAUUGUGAGCAGUGAGAAUUCUUUUGAAGAUGGACCCACUUACUACAUAGUGAUGGACUACUGUCAAGGAGGGAGCCUUGCUGAAAAGAUCAAAGAGCAGAGGGAACCGUCUGAGGAGCAACAGAUAUUGAACUGGGUUGUUCAGAUCUGUGUGGCCUUGAAGUACAUUCAUGAUAAACAGCUGCUUCACAAGGACUUGAAGCCAGAGUCGGUCUUCCUCACAGAAUUUGGAACAGUGUGCCUGGGUAGAUUUGGGAGAGUUGGUGAAAAUUCAACCUCUCCAUCAGCCACCAAUUCAAAUUCUUCAGACAAAGGAGCUGUAAGUUAUUUAGCACCAGAAACUUUGACAGACGGUGAUUACAACUCAAAAAGUGACAUUUGGUCCAUGGGAUGUAUCCUGUAUGAGUUAUGUACUCUGAAGUUAGCAUUUUCAGCAGAGACCACAAUCAAGCUCAUCCCCAAGAUACUGUGUGGUUCUUACCCGUCUCUCCCAGAGCGCUACUCACCUGAGCUUCGUGGACUUCUGAGUGACAUUUUCAGUAAAGACCCUAAGUUGAGACCAACAGCCAGAGAGAUUCUGGGAAGACCCUUUAUUAUCAGCCUUCUCUCAACAAAGAGCAAAGAAACUGUGAAGGAACUUCAGACCAACUUGGACAAGCUGAGAACUGUGGCAGACGGUUUGGAGCGAGUGCACCAGGGAACCACCAUUGGCAGUCUGACAGGGGGAGUGAUUGGUGCAGCGGGGGGGAUUACAUCCAUAGUGGGCCUGAUUUUGACUCCCUUCACUUUGGGAGCCUCCCUUGUGGUCACCGGGGUUGGUAUAGGGGUGGCAGCAGCUGGUGGGCUCACCGCUGGUGUCUCAAAUAUCACUAAUAUUGUUAACCAAUCCUCCGAUCGUAAAGCUGUCCGAAGGAUCAUUAAAGAGUUUGAGGAGAAAAUUGAAGCUGUGGUCAUGUGGGUCCAGGAGAUCAGUGAGGGUUUAGAGUUGCUCAGUACAAUAUGUGACUCAGCUGACUCUGAAGGAAGCAUUGUCAGCAAAGAAAUCUUGGCAAGGCUUGGCCUCAGAGCCGGGAGAGGCCUGGCUGGUGUUGCUGAACUGGUCAGAUUGAUUCAAGUGAUGAACAUUGGCAAGGUGGCAGCACAGACAGCCAGGGCAGUUCGUGUAGCAGAGGUAGCGGGAGGUGUGCUCGCUGGUUUAUUUGUGGCAGUAGAUGUCUUCUUCAUUGCCAUGGAUGCUAAGGAGAUCCACAACAUCAGACAGGCAAAGGCAGCAGAGGCAGCAAUCGCAACAGACCAAGCCUGCUCUGAGACAAUGCCUGAGAAUACACCACAGGUAUCAGAACCCAAGUCUGACAAAGCUGCACUGGUACCCAAUACUGAAAAAUCUACAACAGAGCAAAAGGCCCAGCCCACUUCAAAGGCUGAUACAGUCAAAUCUGAAAUCAUGAAAUUUGUCCUAUCAGUCAGGCAGACUGCAGAGGAAUUGCAGCAAGUCUUAGAUGACCUGGAAUUCAUCGUCUCAGGUAUUCCAUCACUACCAUCACCAGAAGGCUAGAGAGGCCUCCUGCACCUGGCAGAUCACAGGUUUCAUUUCAGCAAUAGCCAGCAUGCACCCUGUUGACUCUUUACUGCCUCUGGCUAUCCCUGUGCUCUGACACUUUGAGGGAAAUAUAUGCAUAUCUGAUCGUGGGUGCUUAUUUGCAUUAAAAUACAUGUUUAAGAAAACAACAUUUAAAGAUGGAUUUAAAGCUACACAAACUGAUUUCUGAUCACUAGAGGGUAUUGAGAGGUGAAACUCUGUUUGUUCAAGGUCAGUCAGUCCUGCAUCCAGGUACGCAGUAGAUCACCUAUCAUUUUUGGGAUGGAAAUGAGGGCUACAUUUCACAAAGCUCUUGUUGGAUUACUUGGAUUAUUUUGUGUUUGACCUCCAAUUUAAAAAAAAAUAAAAAAUAAAUGGUAAAGCCUUAAGCAACAAGGUAAGCUCUUUUGAAUGAACUUUUUCUGUCACUGCAGUGCUGAUUGCAGCAGCAGGCACUCGUGCGACUGAUCCGAAAUUUGGAUGUUUAUCUGCACGAUGUGUGGUUUCAGAGACUCUUUGAAUGAAGUUGAAGCAGUGAAGGAGUGGUGGGCAGAGGAGAGCCACAGUGAUGAUAAGGGACAUUUUACUGUAAAAAAUGCAUAUAAUAUUGUUCAAUGUAGCUUUAAGUCAAGAUGCAUAUUUCACAAUAAAUGUCUGAAUAAUGAAAUGUAAUGGAACUGUGUUAACCAACAAUGUAGUCAUUCUUAGUUAUCAUUCACAGUGAAUCAUUAUACAGUUAAUACCUUUCUGUAGUUAGCAUGUCAUGAAGUA